GUCCUCUCUGACAUGUUUAAUCUAUGACCAUUGACUUGCUCGUCCAUAUCGUACAAUUAGCCAGGUAGUAAUCCCACACUAACACUAUGCUGCAGCCGAGUUCUGCGCUUCUCCUCGUCGCGUCGCUUCUGGCAGCUCUGCCAGUUAAUGCGGACGGACUUUAUACUAAGAAAUCCCCCGUUCUUCAGGUCAAUCAGAAGAGUUACAACCAACUCAUUGCUAAUUCAAACUACACCUCCAUCGUUGAGUUUUAUGCGCCCUGGUGCGGCCAUUGCCAGAACUUGAAACCUGCCUACGAGAAAGCCGCGAAGAACCUGGACGGUUUGGCCAAGGUUGCGGCCGUCAACUGCGACGACGAUGCGAAUAAACCAUUCUGUGGGCAGAUGGGAGUUCAAGGCUUCCCGACGCUGAAGAUUGUGACGCCGUCCAAAAAACCUGGAAAACCCAGAGUUGAGGAUUACCAAGGGCCUAGGACCGCCAAAGCAAUUGUCGACGCGGUAGCGGAGAGGAUCCCGAACCAUGUAAAGAGGAUCACGGAUAAGAACUUGGAUGAGUGGCUUUCUGAGGACGGGGAAACACCGAAGGCCAUCCUUUUCACUGAGAAAGGCACAACAAGCUCUUUGAUCCGCGCCCUCGCGAUCGACUUUCUGGGUAGCAUUAAAGUCGCCCAAAUCCGCGACAAGGAAACCGCUGCCGUAGACAGGUUUGGUAUUGCGGAGUUUCCAAGCCUAGUUUUGCUUCCUGGAAACGGAAAAGAACAUAUUGUUUACAACGGUGAACUUAAAAAGGGUCCAAUCGUCGAGUUUUUCAGUCAAGCAGCUGCUCCUAAUGCUGAUCCUGCUCCCGCUACUGAGAAAACAAAGAGCCACUCUUCAAAGUCGAGCGCGUCCGGAAAGGAACCAACAUCAAAUGAACCUUUGGGCUCUGAGGAUUCUACUAUAGAAGCUAAACAUUCCGCCCCAACGCCUACUCCCCCGCCCGCUAUCGACACCCUCGGAACCCCCGAUGCUCUAGAAGCAGUUUGCCUAGCACCCAAGUCUGGCACUUGUGUCCUUGCUCUCAUACCAGAGUCUGGUGACCCUGACACCGAGGCCAGCGCUUCCACCAAAGAGGCACUUGAGAGUCUAGCGGAGGUUGCGCAUAAACAUACUCAGAGGAAAACCAAGCUUUUCCCGCUGUAUAGCGUCCCUGCGUCGAAUGCCGCGGCCAAGGCUCUUAGAGCUGGACUUGGCUUGCCUGAGGAUUCGAAGUCUGUCGAGAUCGUUGCUUUGAACGCCCGAAGGGGUUGGUGGAGACUGUACGACUCUUCGGAUCGUGCAGAUUUUAGUCCAGUACGGGUAGAAGCAUGGAUUGAUGCCAUUCGGCUGGGCGAAGGGCCUCGAAACAAGCUCCCAGAGGGCAUUGUGGUUACGACGGAUGAAGCUGCAAAGAAGGCUGAUCAUGAUGAACUGUAA